AAUUUUUAGAUUGUGUUUGUUGCAAUAUUUGUAAUAUUAUAGAUUUUUUUUUUUUUUUUUUUUUUUUUUUUUUGGCAAGGUGUAAUUCGGAUUAUUCCACAAUUGUUUGAAAGACAUAAUACCUCAUAAACCCUUAAAAGUUAAAACAGUUAAGCCGUGAAAGUACCAAACCACCACCAAGACGAUGCUACAAUCACUGAAACACAAAUUAAAGCUCACAACCACCAUCACCCGCCUCAUCUCCGGCAACUAUCAACUUCUCCGGCGACUCUCUACCGCAACAUCACCUAUUCCGUCAACAAAACCGCCGGAAAACCGCCAUUAUGUCUCCAAACACGUUUUACAGAAGAAAUUAUGGGCAGUGUUGAAUACAAGCCAAACAGUUUCAGAUGUUCUAAACCAUAUUAUUCGAAAUGGCGAGCAGUUCACUAGCGCUGAUCUUCUUGCUUGCAUACAAACUCUCCGCAAGCAUGGCCACUACAGCCAAUGCCUUGAGAUACUUGAAUGGAUGGAUAAAGGUAGAUUUGAAUAUUCAGCUACAGACUAUGCAUUGCGUUUGAGGUUAAUGUGUAACGUUAAGAGCAUCAAAGGUGUUGAGAAAUACUUCGACAGCAUUCCUUCUGAUGCCAAGAACCAGUAUACAUAUGGAGCACUUCUAUAUUGCUACUGUACUAAAAUGAAGACGGAUAAAGCAUUGGCUAUUUUCAAAAAGAUGGAUGAAUUGAAAUAUAUUUUUAAUGAUAUGGCCUUCAAUAGUCUCAUGGAACUUUACAUUAAAGUAGGCACACCAGAGAAGGUGCCAUUGCUUGUAAAAGAGAUGAAGCAAAGAAACAUCCCACUAACCAGCCUCACUUACUGCAUCUGGAUUCAGUGCUAUCGAUAUGCAGUUGAUCUUGUGGGUCUUGAACAAGUUAUGCAUGAAGUUCAAGAGCAGGACUCUGUAAGGGAUGAUUGGAAAAUAUACAGCAACCUUGCUGCAGUGUACAUUAAAGUAGGCACACCAGAGAAGGUGCCAUUGCUUGUAAAAGAGAUGAAGCAAAGAAACAUCCCACUAACCAGCGUCACUUACUGCAUCUGGAUUCAGAGCUAUCGAUAUGCAGUUGAUCUUGAGGAUCUUGAACAAGUUUAUGCAUGAAGUUCAAGAGCAGGACUCUGUAAGGGAUAAUUGGAAAAUAUACAGCAACCUUGCUUCAGUGUACAUCGAGGCUCAUCAGUCUGAAGAAGCUAAUACUGCCUUGAAAAGAAUGGAGGAACUUUUUGAUAAUCCAAGGAGUGCUGACCGCAAAGCUUACCAUUACCUGAUUUCCAUGUAUGCCAAAACUGGUAAUUUAAAUUCUGUUUAUUAGGCAUGGGAGAAACUGGUAUCAAAUUUUAAAGUUUGUCAUAAUGCAAGCUACCUUACAAUGCUUCGAGCCUUGUCAGUGCUAGAUGAUAUUGAAGGCCUAAAAAAAUUAUUAGAGGAGUGGGAGAUGGGUUGCUUAGUUUAUGACGGGAGGCUACCAGCUGUUGUUAUAGGUGCUUACCUGAGGCAUGACAUGCUUGAAGAGGCUGAACAGCUGCUGAGAGAUAUAAAAGUUAAGGCUGGUCGGCUGAUAAAGUUUGCCCAUGUCCUUUUCAUGAACUACUUCUUGGAAAAACAUCAAUUUGAUUCCGCAUUGAAGCAUAUGGAAGCUGCAAUGGCUGUCAAAUGGAAGCCAGUAGUAGAAAAGCUUGAUCCUUUCUUCAAUCAUUUCAAAGAAGAGAAAAAUGUUGAUAGUGCUGAAGAAUUUUGCCAAAAGUUAGUGAAAGUCCAGCCUCUCGACUCGAGGACCUACUUGUGGUUGCUUCAAACUUAUGCAGCUGCAGGUAAAACAGCCCCAAACAUGCGUCAAAGGAUGGAGGGAAGUGGUAUAGAUAUUACCCCUGAGCAUGAGGAGUUGCUCCAGAAGAUAUGUUAGCUAUUCCCCUUACAUUGCCAAGUCCCCUGGCCAGUUGGCUCCCUUUUCUGUUAUGUUUUGAAUUAUAUUGCUCAAUUAGAUAUGCCUGAAUUAACUUAGGAGUCAAAGUUAAGCUAUUGUUUGGAGUAAUGUUGAAAAUUGGUUGAUUACUGUUGUUACAUUAUUUCAACCUGUAAUCCUGUAUACAAUUUUACAAUUACUACCAGUCUUCCAGCUAUAUUUAUCUAUCAGCCAAUAUACAAAAAUAUUCAUGUAUUUUUUUUUCUUUCUCUAUUAAAUUGAUCAAACUAAAGACUGUCUAAUAAGGGCCCUGUAAUAUUGGCUUAAAUCCUAUACUCAUUGGACUACUCAACUCAAUAACAGUUGUAGACGUAUAGUUGAUCGUUAUACUUGUAUAUUUUUUUUUUUACUCAUGUACAAAAA